AGCCAAGGCAGCGUCCCUACACAGAGCCAAGCAGCGUCCUACACACCGAGCCAAGGCGUCCUACAGAGCAAGGCAGCGUCCUACACAGAGCCAAGGCAGCGUCCUACACAGAGCCAAGGCAGCGUCCUACACAGAGCCAAGGCAGCGUCCUACACAGAGCCAAGGCAGCGUCCCUACACAGAGCCAAGGCAGCGUCCCUACACAGAACCCAGCCGCGUCCCUACACAGAAGCCAAGGCAGCGUCCCUACACAGAGCCAAGGCAGCGUCCCUACCAGAGCCAAGGCAGCGUCCUACACAGAAACCAGGCAGCGUCCUACACAAGCCAAGGCAGCGUCCCUACAGAGCCAAGGCAGCGUCUACACAGAGCCAAAGGCAGCGUCCCACGACCCAAGGCAGCGUCCCUUCACAGAGCAAGGCAGCGUCCCUACACAAACCGAGCAGCGUCCCUACACAGAGCAGGCAGCGUCCUGAAACCAAGGCAGCGUCCUACACAGAGCAAGGCAGCGUCUACACAGACCAAGGCAGCGUCCUUCACAGAACCAAAGCAGCGUCCUACAGAGCAAGGCAGCGUCCUACACAGAGCCAAGGCAGCGUCCCUACACAGAGCCAAGGCAGCGUCCUACUGAAGCCAAGCAGCGUCCUACACAGAGCAGGCAGCGUCCUACAAGCCAAGGCAGCGUCCUACACAGAACCAGGCAGUCCUUCACAGAGCCAAGGCGCGUCCCUGAAACCAAGGCGCGUCCCUACACGAGCAAGGCAGCGUCCUAAGAAACCAAGGCAGCGUCCUACACAGAGCCAAGGCAGCGUCUACACAGAGCCAAGGCAGCGUCCCUACACAGAGCCAAGGCAGCGUCUACACAAGCCAAGGCAGCGUCCUUCACAGAACCAAGGCAGCGUCCUACACAGAAACCAGGCAGCGUCCUACACAGAGCCAAGGUAG